AUGCCAUCGCAACCCCCACUACCACCCCUCCUCGCUCCAUAUCUAUCGUCUCAGCCUGAGUCUUCACUGACAUUAAUCUCCUCUAUCCUGGGCGCAACAUCCAAUUGGCUUGCUUUGAGGUUUCUAUACUCGGCUCUCAGCACAUCCACAAAUCAGACGUUUGGUCUGGAUGAACACGAUGGCUCUAAGAAGAAAGUCGUCCUAGUGAGCUUCCUACGCGGUUGGGAAUUCUGGAAGGUAGAGGCAAAGCGAUUGGGCUUGGAUCUUGCACGACUAGCAGAUAAGAAACAAUUUGCAUUUGUUGAUGGAUUAUCUGAACUCUUUUCUGCACCUCAAUCAGCAAAUGCCGCUCCUACCACUCCAUCUCCUACAGGGAUGCCAUCCCGCACCUCACUUCCACUGCGAGGUCCUCCUGGAAGAGGUUCAGCUAUCUCGACGCCCAUGUCAGCAAAUACAAGCAGUGUGGCAGGAGGUCCGGCUACCAGUGAGCCAGGCAUUGCAAAGAAACUGCACUUCUCGGGACGUGGCACCGCAGCACUAGAUAUCCUGGAAAAGGAUAUCAUUGCCGUCAUCGAACAGCUCAAAGCAUCCGGUGACAGCAGUGAAGAAGUACUGCUGAUUAUCGACCAACCAGAUUUCCUUCUUGCUGCUACAGGCACAAGUAUGGGGAUCGGAGCUACGGAGAUGAGCGAGUGGGUCACAGGUCUACAGCUGAAUGUGGGCGCGACGGUUUUAACGCUCGCUGCUGAUUCCCCGCUGAUCCACAAUGCAUCUGUCUCUGGGAACCAGGGAGCUACGCCGGUGGAAGGGGAACAUGCUGCUUUUGCUAUUGGGCUGGCGCAUCGGGCUAGGUCGGUUAUGCAGCUUCGGACUCUGGAGACUGGUGCCGCAAGAGAUGUAAGUGGUGUGCUGAGAAUCAGUCGAGGUGGUGGAAUCAGUUCCGGCGCGGACACAUUGGAUGAGAAGGAACUGCUGUAUUAUAUCCAGCGGGAUGGUGGUGUCAAGGUGUUUGGUCGUGGAGAGUCGUGA